AUGGUGGUAUCGGCGCUGGCCACAUUUAUGCGCUGCCCCAUCCGUCACGUGUCCAUCGAUCCAGCUGCUGCAACUCACAUCGCCGCCGCCAUCACCGCCACCACCACCACCACCUCCACCUCCACCUCCACCUCCACCUCCCUUCCCACCUCUCCCGCGCGGGCACGUCGAGCCUACAGCCACCAGCGCAGCCCAUCAUCCUACACCCAUCGUGCCUACACAUUCAAGCGCUUUAGUCCACAUGGCCGCGUCGUGGGCACUGGCCGUAAGCGCCAGCGCGUUGUCUCAGCAGACCUGCAGCGCAAGUCGCUCGAUCAGCCUGCCAGCGUGAUUGUGUUCCACGAUAUCCACGAACCCGCUUCCCCGCCCGGCGCUGUUCCCAGACGAUCGGAGCUCCAGGAAGACGACGACGACGACUUAUCCCAUGGCCCCCAGUCAUCGUUGAGCGCUCAGGACAUUGAACAUGCCAUCACGGGUCGUCAACGCCCCCCGGAAGAAGCUGAGAUCAACACAUCCAUUCAUGACACGCGGCCCCAGACGACCCUUCUGGACCAAGCAGCGUUUGAGCAACUUCGACAACAGCUCGUGCGAAGUUACACACUGCCCCAGUUGUCGCACUAUCUGCGAGCUUCCCUGCGUCCGCCUUCUGCAGAUCAGGCGAGUGCCGCCGAGCCAAAGCAGACGAGGAAGGCGCUGCGCAUUUCGCCGUGGCAACCCCUGCAAACUCCUCUGGACGUGCGCCGGCCCAUGGUGGUCCAACCCACUGCAUUGAGCCGCAAGCUGCGAACUGCCGAACGUAUCAUCCGUCUCGCCUGGAGUGUCACGGUGGAUGCCGAGGAGCAAGCAGUAGGCGAGUUGGAAUUGAUGCUACAACCGUGGCAGCUGUCGAUGCUCUUUGAUCUGUGUCCCAGUGGACAGCCUUAUUACAAAAGCCUCGUCACUCCGCGGCUCUUACUGGAAUCGACCACUGUGCAGAACUACCGGCGAGAUGGCGUGGCCAGGGUGACAGGUCGCCGACGUGAUGCGGAACAGGUUGCCUACCAGUUGGAGCGUGCCCUCAUGAGCGUGCAACAUCUCGAUAUGGAUCUGGCCCGUCUUGUGAGCAAAGUGUCGACGAUCAAAGACUCCGCAACGCCACGCCCGGGACGGUGCACGGACAAGGAUUUGUCUCUGGUGUCCAAAUUAACGACUUCUGUGAUAUGCAGUCGAGGUCCGAGUACUAUCACCAUUUACAACAGAACCUCCGCGGGGGUGAACCAUGCGUGUCGUCUUAUCCUCUCCUUGUUGGACCUAUCUUCCGUCUCUGGCACGACAUACGAACUCUCCUCUGCGCUGGGCUCACAAUCAGGACCGAGUGGUAUCCUUGAGAUGGCACCAGUGGAUGCCUCCAUCUCUGGUCUGCAUGCUCGCUGGAAGGGGUACGAUCUGGUCCGUCGGGUCAAGGCGGCGUCACAAAUUCCAUCUAUCCCGGUCAUCUCUCCGGACGAAUCAGGCGAAAUUGCCAGAGACAUUACGUCUCAUUUGCGCAGCCUCGAGUGGAAGCACCGACCUGUUCCAUCUCGUGAAGUAUUAUUAGGCCACGGAUAUUGGCAAAACGGCGCGCUUCUAUCGGGCGAAUGGGACGCAGAUGUUGUCAAACUGCUUCAAGUCCGCUCUGCUUCAGCAUCCGAUGCUGAACCACAGCAUCGUUUGCAUGCUGAGAAAGACGCUGCUUCAGCGCAGAGCAUAGCCCAACGGCACUUGCCCGCGGUGGACAUUGCUCUCUCCUACUUUGACACUUAUCACUCACCAAAGAUUGUUCCCGGCAAAGAUGCACGAGGUGCAUCAACCUCUUCGAGUCAACAAAUCCCGCACUUGAUUGCGUAUCUUGUGCCAGCGCCUCACAGCAAAGGUGGUGGUGGACACACUCCUCCACGCGCCGAACUGCACUUUGAGUUUGCCACAUGGCAACGCGAGCUCAACUUGACCAGCUUGCGAGUCGUGCUCGAGACCCAAACUCUCAACGUCUCUCUUCCGACCCGUGCAGUGGACUUGGCCUUUGCGCGCUCUCACGCCAUGGUCGCCGACAUCGGCUCUGCCAGGCUGGACCCUCAUAUCUCUGCAUUCUUUGAAGAGUUGAAACAUUCGGUGCAGGCCACAGAUGGCGCCAUAGCUGCACCACCGGAGCUGAUUAUUCGCCUGCCCGCGUGGCUUAUCAGCGGCUCCCAUAAGCAGAGGAGUUCCGUACAAGACAUUCCCAUCACAUAUCUCCUCGAACGGUUCGAGCAGAGACAGAAGAAGAUGUUUGUUGCACAAGACGACUCGAGCCAUGCACCACAGCGAGAGUCGGUUGUCCAACUGGCUAUAGACAACCUGGGGACAAGUCUUCACCUCGAGUACCAAGAAGUGGACGGUGGCGCCAUCUAUGGGUCAAGUAGCACUCUAUCAGUGAAAAAAUGUACGGGAACACAGGAUCGUUGCCAGGAAAACACCCAACCUGCAAAAGAGGCUAGCAAGGUAGGGUUAGAUGAUCGUGGCGACUCGAUUGCCCAGGUCGUCUCUGCUGCGGUGACUGUCGCGGAUUUGAUGACGCACGCCGCAGAGGGCUCCCUGCGCGUGGCACAUUCGAUGCAAUGA